AAACGAAAGAAAACACCUACUACUACUACUACUACUACUACUACUACUAUCACUGCUCUCUUCUCUCUCUGCUGCCCCAUUUGCACUUACAUUUCAUCGAACACUCUCAAGGCACGCACAGAACGGCUGCGGAGAGCCAGAGAGAGGGCGCGAGUGGGUUGUUGCGUGUUCUUGUCCGUUACAAUCUUGACGGUUGCCCUUUGUAUUUAGUUCAAUAAUUCUUUUCUGGAAUUUUUUUCUUAGAAGGCUUUUGAUCUUUUAUUUGGAAUUUCUUUUUGAGUUUGGGGUUUGGGGUUGGGAUGAAUCGUCGGAUGUGAUGGGGGCGGGGUUUUCGCAGGUGUUCCCCUGUUUCAAUCCGGCCGCCGGUCCGAACCGGUCAGACCCGGAUGUCAUUUUCACUGCGAAUGCUCCGCUCGACGAAACCCUUGGUCACUCCUUCUGCUAUGUCCGAUCCUCCGCUCGGUUCAUCUCCCCUACUCAGUCGGAUCGGUUUGUAUCACCCUCUCAGUCCCUCCGCUUCGACGAUCCGGCCCAUCCAAGGCCCUCCAGGCCGCCCGGAUAUCCUGAGACCGGUUUCCGAGCCAUAUCUGGAGCCUCCGUUAGUGCCAACACUUCGACUCCCAUAACCGUCCUCCAACUUGAUGAUUUUUGCGAUGAUGCCGCUGAUGCCACCAAUAGUUAUCAUCAUAACAAUGCUACUAAUAGCAACAGCAACAAGGGUUUUGUAGGUGGACCGUCCAGGGGUGGUGGUAAUAGUGUUCUGCUGGAUGGGUUUGAGAGUACAUCAUCGUUUAGUGCCUUGCCCCUGCAGCGGGUGCCACGUGGUGGCGAGCCUCCGUCAGGCCCGCUAGAGAGGGCAUUCUUCAUGUCUGGCCCAAUUGAGCGUGGGGCACUUUCCGGACCAUUGGAUGGCACUGCCUCCGGUGACAACAAUGGGGGAGUGCCAUUUUCGGCCCCUCUUGGUGGUGUUUAUGUAAAAAAGAGGAAGAAGAAGAGCAUUUCAGGAAUACGUAAGGCGUUGUACCGGAACUUCUCAGUGGUGCCCGUGAGGAACUUCAUUAGUGGAGGAGGAGGACGGAAGGAUGCGCCGCCAGGAGUUGAUAGCUGCAGAGAGGCAGUGGGGAUGGGCUGUGAGAGCAAUGAGCAGUGGGCAUUAGGUAAGGCAGGUGAGGACCGGGUGCACGUGGUCGUAUCGGAGGAGCUGGGUUGGCUAUUUGUUGGAAUUUAUGAUGGAUUUAACGGUCCCGAUGCCCCUGAAUUUCUAAUGAGCCAUUUAUACAAAGCCAUGUACAAUGAAUUGGAGGGUUUGUUUUGGGACACGGAGGAUUUAGUUGAAGCCUCAGAAAAUGCAAAUGUCGUUGAGAAUUCUUGUCAAUCAGAUGUUAAUACAGAUCGCCAAGGGUUUAGUGAAACGAAAGAAGGCGAAAAUGGAUCACGAUUAGUUAAGAAAGUAAUGUUUGGAGGGGAACAAAUAGAGGUUAGGAGGCGGAGAUUAUGGGAAUAUUUAGUGGAGGAUGAUCCUGAAGAGGGGCUUGAUCUAUCGGGUUCCGAACGAUUUGCAUUUUCAGUUGAUGACGCAUUAAGCGUGAACGAUGCUGGGUCAGCAGGGACUAGGAGGUCUUUAUUAUUGUCAAAACUAAAGCAUGGGUUGUUGAAUAGGAAUAAGGAUAAGGAGAGUAUCAGAUUGUUUCCUUGGAGAUUUUGGUUGGAGGGAAAGCAGAAAGCUGAAGAAGAAAUGAGGGAGAGUAAUGUAGCAGAUGAUGGGGAGACUGAGAGGGAGAGAAUUAGUAGAAUUGGUAAGAAGCGGAAGGUAGGGUUAGUUAAUCAUGAGUUGGUUUUAGGUGCAAUGUCUAGAGCACUUGAAGUGACAGAACAAGCAUACUUGGAUAUGACUGACAGGGUACUUGAUCGUUAUCCAGAACUUGCAUUGAUGGGUUCUUGUUUGUUGGUGGUGUUGAUGAGGGAUGAAGAUGUGUAUGUGAUGAAUGUUGGGGAUAGUCGAGCCAUUGUGGCACAGUAUGAGCCUGAAGAGGUCAGCUGUGGUACGGAAUCUCAAGGUGCUGCGGAUGAUGGAUUUAGUGGUGAAGGCAUCAUUGAAGAGUCCACUGAUGUCAGCAGUAAGGAGAGUAAAGCAGUAAAUGAAGCGCAUGCUCACCAAUCUAUGAGUUUGACUGCACUGCAAUUAUCGACUGACCAUAGCACAAGCAUAGAAGAGGAAGUUAUUCGCAUCAAGAAUGAGCACCCAGAUGACAACAAUUGUAUAGUAAAUGAUAGAGUUAAAGGUCGUCUUAAAGUUACUCGUGCAUUUGGGGCUGGGUUCCUCAAAAAGCAUAAAUGGAAUGAUGCCUUGUUAGAAAUGUUUCGGAACGAUUAUAUUGGUACCGCACCCUAUAUAUCAUGUUCGCCUUCACUUCGCCACCACAAACUGUGCCCCAGAGAUCAAUUUGUGGUGCUUUCAUCUGAUGGCCUGUAUCAGUAUUUUAGCAAUCAAGAGGUGGUUUCCCAUGUGCAGAAUUUUAUGGAGAGGUUCCCAGAUGGAGAUCCUGCUCAGCACCUGAUAGAGGAGCUUCUAUUCCGUGCUGCCAGAAAAGCUGGAAUGGAUUUUCAUGAGCUUCUGGACAUUCCACAAGGAGACCGUCGGAAGUACCAUGACGACGUCACGGUUAUGGUGGUCUCUCUCGAAGGAAGAAUUUGGAAAUCCUCAGGGAAGUACCUUUGAGCGAUUGCAGCAAUACAGCUUUGCCUGUUGUAUUCAUUCUGCACAAAGCUGGAACGACGGUUUUGAUCAUCAGCUGAAUGUGUUUGCAAAGCACCUAGAAAAGUUGGAGGGCAACCCACUCUCUGGGUCCAAAGGAUUGUUCAUCUCAAUCCAUCCGUAUGUGCAAAGUGAAAGGGAACCUACAUGACCAAUUGGCAAGACUCGUGUCGAGAAGUCUGAAGGCUCAAAACAUGGUAAAGAAAAGUAUUUCCAGAAUUAGGAAAUUUUUGUAGUUGGUGGUGUAAACUUGUUUUAGGCAGGAAAAACAGCAUCUAUCUUCUUUGGUUAUUUUUUAAGUUUAGCAGAGUGGAGAGCCUUCUCAUUCGUUUGUUCUUCAUUGGGGGGUGUAGUAGCAGUAGCAGCUUUGACAUCUUACCUUCUUUGAAGGUGAAAUUUGUAAUUCUGAAAGUGGACUGAAUGCCAUUUAGAAAGAAAGUAUUUAAAUCCAAAAAA